GUUAUAGGCCGUUCAGGUUUGAUUUGGGACUAGCCUUCUAGCUAGCAAUAUCACUUGCCAUGGCGUCGUUCGCCGGAUACACCGCAGUCCGCCGUCUAAGCCGUUAUUUCCGUCCCGUUCCUUCAAUUCCAGCUAGUGCAGAUCACCUGUCAUGUUUACCUUGUGUCUUCCGCCCCAGUUUUAACGGAAAACGGCAGGUAAGUACUAAGGCCCCAUCGGAGUUCACAGGACCUAACGCUUACGAGCUCUUAGGUGUCUCAGAGACCAGUUCGUUCUCAGAAAUCAAAGCUUCCUUCCGUAAAUUGGCUAAGGAGACGCAUCCUGAUCUAGCUCAGACACGGUUAGAUUCAUCGGCUUCCAAACGAUUCGUUGACAUUCUAGCUGCCUAUGAGAUAUUAUCUGAUCCUGAGAGAAGGGCACAUUAUGAUCAGUAUAUCGUAUCUCAAAGAACGUUCGUUCACAAGCAAGUGAGGCAAAGGCAAGGUUCAGUUAUCUACAAGUAUGAAUCUAACAAGCUUAUGGAUAGAGAAAUGGAAGUUGUUGAAUGGUUGAAAUGGUAUAGAUUUGCGAUCAAGGAUAUAGUGUCAAAUAAAAGAGAGGUGGUUGGUUCAGGAUAUUUUGACGAUUUGGAAAGGGAUUUCCGCUCAGCUAUACACGCUGCAUUUUAUGGCCCUGAGAUUGAUUCGGUUGAUUUGCUUCCUGAGUGUUUUGAAGCUGAAGAGAGGUCUGUACCUUAUACAACAGAUAUUCUCCACUUAGUCUCAGGACGUGACCUCUUUGGGAUGGUACUUGUUGCCAACACCGGAAAAAUAUCAUCUUUUGAAAAUGGCCCCCUCUGUUCUAUUAACAGUACCAGCGGAGAAGUGGAUUUGACUGUAGCUCCAAAUGGACCAUGUCAACAACAAACUAGACAUGGUGGUCGUUUUGAAUCAGAUACCUAUAAGGAUUUAGAAUUACACAUAUGUGGAAGGCUUGUUGCUAUGGCAAGUAGGGUUCGACCAAACCGUAAUACUAAUCAGUCACAAAAUGAGGAUACUGAGGAUGUCAUACAUGUUUAUCUUAUUCCCCCUGAACAUGCAACAUGUAGCCAAAGGCUGCCCAGGAUACUGUUAGGAACAAUAAAUGGAAUGGGGACGGGUCCCGAGGAAGGAUCAUGUGAUGUCUAUGACCAUAAUGGUGUACAAACUCACGUGAUUAUGAAGCAUAGGACAUUGUUGGUGAAACACAUGCAUUGGUACCAUAUAGGAGACGAAGUGUCUGUUUGCGAAUGCAGAUGCAGUAGAGCUCGCUUGCCUCCCAGCAAAUUUUGGUUGUUUGAGCCUCGCUGUGGGAUGCACGAUAUUGGAGGUUGGUAUGUAGAGACAUUUGGUCGGGAUAAGAAAGGCCGAACCGUCCCCUCCCAGAGACAUUGGGAUGGGUUAGAUGCAAACUUCCAUUUUGACAAUUUCCGAGUUUCUGAGUUCUGACAGUCUCUUAAAGUAAGCUGUGGUCGAUUCAUUUCAGUUAUGUACCAUCUACUUUAUGUGUAAUCAACAAAAAGGAGAUCCUAUCCACAAACCUUUGCAAGUGUCUAUUCAUGGUCUAUGAAUCUGUGUGCAGGAAACUCCACCCAGCAAUGUAUUUGCUUGCACUUGCUUAUAGAACUCUAGAUAUUGAAGAUGCAAGAUUAAGGAGGCGAAGUAUUAAGGAUAUUGUUGCAAGUCAAAUGCUUAGAGUUGUCCGUUGGUGUAAGACUCGUGUGUUAAGGGCGUGAGAUACUCGGUUUAUACUAGCAUAAAACAAAAUCUUUAAACCAGAGAGAUUCCUCAUCAUUGACCUGAAUUGAAGUUGAAAAUUACUUCAACGACGCAAAAAGUUGAUAAUGACUCCAUGCCUGUACUGGAAGAAGGCGCAGCUGCUAUCCCUACCAAUGCCUACAAUGGUUAGCUUUGAAUCUCACACCAAGCAUUGCCUACCAUGAUUCAUCUCUGCCAAAAUUGAGGUACGGUGCAACGGCGUGAUCGAAUUGUAUUGUGUUCCCAUAGCAUGGAUCUAUAAGAAUGCAGUUGUUCUUCUAGGUUUGCUGCGAACCUUUUGCUCAUGAUGAACCUUUUUGUGCCGUCCAUGAAAAAGGAAUUUCAGAUAUUUUAGACAAAUGAAGGUUCAAAUUUGAGUGUCCAUUGCCAAUGGAGUUACAAGAGUUAUUAUUGAUAACGUUUUAAGUUCAGGUAAGUUAUGGUCUAAAUCAAAACGACACAUUAAAUUUGUUGUUUCUUUCAAAAUUUCAAUGAAGUUCUAGCCUUUUGGGUAGUAUAUGGAGCAAUGCUUCAAGGGUCUAACAGAAACAACAUUUAUGUUUUUACAGGGGUAAGCUACAAGUUCCAUCAUCUCCGAUGGAGCCAAAAUUUCACCAUUUUUUGGCUUUGGGGUGUGAUGGAAUAAAUCAAAAUGGAUCUCUAAACUGUCUGCGCUUCUUUAAUUAAUGAAGUAGCAGUUAGUCAAGCAAUGCAACUUUCGACGUUGAGGCGGAGAUCUCUUUGGAAACAGCCUCUCUACUUUCGAGUAGGGGCAAGGUCUGCGUACACACACCCUCCCCAGACCCUACUCUUUUGGGAUUUAACUGGGUUGUUGUUGUUGUUGUUGUACAGGGGUAAGCUACAUUCAUCUUGACCCCUAAACCCAAUGGAGUCGGGAUAAUAUUGGGUUUUAUAGUUGUUGAAGAUUGGAAUUUGGAGAAGGAAAGAGUUGUCACUGAAGUGCCAUGGGUCUACAAACAUGGUAUGUUAUGCAAUAAAACUGCAAGUAUUACUCCUUCCAUCCCAAAAUUAACUUCUCAUGAAAAUGAUACGGAAUUAAGGAAUUAUGGUAAAAGUUUUUUGAGGAGAGAGAGAGAAUGUGAACCACAUAUUUCUAUCCUUACAAGGAAUGAGCAGAUUAUUGUGGGACAUCCAAAAAAAAGUCAGAAGAUGAUUUUGUCAUGGGAGUAAUUUUUUUUCCUCCGUCCGUAAAAAUCUUUCUAUUUUGAAAAAAGGGCGCGUUAUAAAAAUGUGUAAUGUUGGUGUUAUUUUCAAAUUAUAACUCAUCUCUUCUACAUAAGAAGCAAUAAAGACUUGGAGCUUGU